UCAUUGUUCCUGUCAUCCGCCGCAGAUUUACUCGUGCUUACUGUGGCAUUCUAUAACGGUGCGAAGUCAUCGCGUUUGCAUGUUUCCGUUCAAUUCGCGCUAAAAAGACGUUGUCGGUUUGCAUUGCUUAAGUUGCUAGCCCAGAACCACGCUGAAACCCUUCAUACCGCUAGAAGUAGUGGGUGGAGCCAAGUACUAGGUAUGAAGAUUCUCCCUUCACAUCAGCGAUAAGAUAGCGUAGGAGACAAGACUCGGGCGCUGCACCUUUUCCAGCAGCACACGGACACUCUGCGUUUAUUUCGUUUUUCCUUUCCGCCUGGAGCGGGCGUUGAGCUGCGCAGUGCUGGAAGAUGGUUGCCAUCCACUGGCCGGGGCCGACCUGGGUGGCAGGCCUCCUACUCGCCGGCUACCUGCUGGGGAAGGUUAUCACGUUCUUCUGCCUCUACAAGGGCGCACGGUGGUUCUGGGCAUGGCGGCAAAAGCGAGCGGUUACGGCAUCUGGGGAUGCAGCAGCAGGGGCACGAUCGGGUACCCCGGAGGAGCUGGAAGCUCCUCUCCUACUCGAGGGUGACGAGGAGGUUUUGCCCGAAGCGUUUCUUGACCAGGGGAAGGUAAAAGAAACGCAAGAAGCAGAGACGCUGGACAGCGUUUAGGCAGGGUUCGCUAUGGCAUGGUGCGUGUGCCGUACAAGUUUGGGGGCCUUAGCAGGAGGGGGUUGGACAAUCCGCACAGGGCUGGUCUGUAUUGCUUAUGUAUAGUUGUGAUUAUGUUGCAGUAACUAGCAGCAAUCUGGAUACAGACCGCUGUUGAAGCUCUACUUGUUAGCUGCAGGAUGGGUAAGAGGGGUAUACCCGUGCCGUCGGCAUGCAUGUAGAC